AUGUCUAAUAACUUCUUUCCUGUUGCUGACUUGGCCCGGACCGCGGCCAGGCUAGUGCUCGACCUGGCCGACCCGGCAGCCGUUUGCAGCGUGACGCUGCGGCGCGGCGCUGCGGGUGCAGUGGAGUGGCGCGCCGAAGUGCCGCCCGCCGACAACGCCGGAGUCAAGCUGGUGCUGUGCAUGCUCGGGUGCGACGGCCACCUGACGCAGCAACCGCCGGAGACACAGCCUCAGGAGCAGCAGGCAGCGGCCUGGCACGAGCGCCCGAACGAGGGGGAGCGCCAGAUGUCCUACAGGGAGAUGGCGGCCGCCAUGGCGGUGGGCUGCCGAGUGGCGCGGGGCAGGGACUGGGAGCGGGGCUGGAACUACGACGGCCCCUUCCAGCGGCCCGGCACCGUCACCCACAUGCACGCGGACAGCGAUGUGGCCGUACACUGGGACUGCUCCUCGGGCACGGGCAGCCUGUGGUUCCGCAUGGGCCGCGACGGCAAGUACCACCUCCGGCUCCUGGCGCCUGCACCCCUGGCCUCGCUCGUUGGGUUACAGGGAGGCGACAAUUGCUUGGAUUUAGCGCCAAUAACUGCGGAGUCAAACCUAAACAAUAUGUCCAAGAAAUUGGCGGACGGCAGUCUUGCACAGGUGCGCUCCAUCGUCUGCACUUCCCAGCCGUUCCCCCAGUUCGUGCAGCGGGUGCUGGAGCAGACUUCGCCCCACCUGACGGGCCUGCACAUCCGGAGCCCCCUGGCGAGACACCUGGACGUGGUGGCGGCCAUGCCGGCACUGCGCACCCUGUGCCUCACCUCCGUCACGGAGACGGAGAUGCGGCAAGUUCGCUCGAUGGCGUCGCUGCAAAGCCUGGAGCUGCACUGCUCGCACCACCUCCCUCUGCCGGUGAUGGAGUUCCCCGCCAACCCCGCGGGGCUGCGGCUGUUGCGCUGCGGCGUGUACCCGCUGGCGACCGCGCUGGCCCUGGCGCGCGCGCACGCCCAGUCCCUGGAGAACCUGCAGCUGGUGGCUGCGUCGACUGAGCCCUACGGCUGCCCUGACUUGGCGCUGGAGCUCCGGCGCUGCGGUCUGAGGAAACUGAAGCGGAUGGUGCUGAUCCGACACACCGCGUUCGGUUCGUUUUGCCGUCACGACAGGAACAGCUGCAGAGUGCAGAAGGAAGAGCUGUGGAGCAUGUUUGUGGCAGUGGAUUGA